AUGUCCACCCCUUCCACGGCUACCGCGACGCAUCCGCAUCAGCAACACUACGGAUACCCCCAUCAUCAACCCUACCAACCGAACGCAUCGUAUCCCACCACGUCCGCUGCAGGCACUUCUCGCCUCAUCCCCUCUUCAUAUCCCUAUCCCGUCUCCGCCCCGACGCCUGCCACCCUUCCCUUCGUGCAAUCUCCGAAGCUUAUGCCAACCGCACCCACCCCAACGACUACCACAUCCACCACCACCAACACAACCACUGCCACCACAACAAUGCCUCCAGCCCACAACGCUGUGGGCGCUGGCACAACAGCGCAAGGCAGCCGGAGAAGGAAGCCCAACUGGGGCGAGUUCUACAAAAAUGGGAUCCCGAAGGAGGUGAUUGUCAUUGAUGACACGCCCCCUCCGGAACAGUCCAAGGCCUCUUCGCGCAGUCUCGCGACAGCGUCCACCGUCACGGCAGCCAACGGCAACGGUCCUCAGCCCGCUGGGAAGAAACGGCGCACCGGCAUCGAGUCAGCCUACGACGUUACGUAUUAUGAUCGGCCGUCGUACUCGAUCAAUCCACAACACUAUGGCGAGGAGUCAUCGGCUGCCUCCCUGUCGACCGAUCGGACAACCUCUCUGCACACCACGGCUCCCACAUCUCUCUCCCAGGGAAGUUCGGGGGCCAGUAAUGGGAUCAUCUACGAAGACGCCAAUGUUGGCCAGAAACGCAAGCGCGUAACCACCCGCAAGUCCGCUCGAGAUGAGCAAAAGCGGCGGGAGUUGGAGAAUGCGGGUGAUGCGUUCUUGAGCUAUGUCCCGCCGCCGAAGCCGCCCAUCAAGGCAAAGGACGUUCCUGUGCCUGUGGUCCGCGAUUAUGCAAAUCGAGGCGAAAAGUAUGAUGACGACGAUGGCCACUAUAUUGUCAACCCGAAUACUCCCUUGACUGAGCGGUACUCGAUCAUCAAACUCUUGGGGCAAGGUACCUUCGGAAAGGUGGUUGAAGCGUUUGACAAGCAGCGUAAGACCCGCUGCGCCGUCAAGAUCAUCCGCUCGAUCCAAAAGUACCGGGAUGCUUCGCGGAUUGAACUUCGGGUACUGUCCACACUGGCCUCAAACGACAAGCAGAACCGCAACAAGUGCAUCCACCUACGAGACUGUUUUGACUACCGCAAUCAUAUCUGCAUCGUAACGGACCUGCUGGGGCAAAGUGUCUUCGAUUUUCUGAAGGGAAACGGCUUUGUGCCGUUCCCCAGCAGUCAAAUUCAAAACUUUGCCCGGCAGCUGUUCACCAGCGUAGCCUUCCUUCACGACCUCAAUCUCAUCCACACCGACCUUAAGCCCGAAAACAUUCUCCUCGUCAGCAACGCUUACCAAACCUUCACCUAUAAUCGCACCAUCCCAUCCUCUUCGCAUGCCAUCUCCCGGAGUGCACGUCAAAGACGUGUGCUGUUGGACAGUGAGAUCCGGCUGAUUGACUUUGGGUCAGCCACGUUCGAUGAUGAGUAUCACUCGUCUGUGGUGUCCACUCGACACUAUCGGGCCCCUGAGAUCAUCUUGAAUCUGGGCUGGAGUUUUCCCUGCGAUAUCUGGAGUAUCGGUUGCAUCCUCGUGGAGUUCUUCACUGGGGACGCCCUUUUCCAGACGCAUGACAACCUAGAGCAUCUUGCCAUGAUGGAAGCUGUUAUCGGCGAUCGCAUCGACACUAGACUAAUGAGGCAGGUGAUGCAGGGCGGUCGCAGCGCAGGCCAGAACCAGGCCGCCAAAUAUUUCAACAGGAACCGGCUUGAAUACCCGAACGAUCAGACCACUCGUGCCUCACGAAAAUAUGUCAAGGCAAUGAAGCAGCUUCCAGACUUCAUCCCGACCAACACCAAGUUCCAUAAGCUAUUCCUUGAUCUCCUUCAGCGGAUAUUCGUGUAUGACCCGAAGAACCGUAUCACCGCCAAGGAAGCUUUGAAGCACCAGUGGUUCAAGGAGUCCUUAGUGGAUGACGGCACCGAAGCCCUACGGAUUGGGGAGCAGCUGCAACGCACCACUCAGCGGCGUUGA